UAACAAUAUCUAUAAAAUAAAAAUAGUAAAUCUGUUAUUGCAUCGCAUGAUGUGUGAAUGCACGUUUUAAAAAGAAUUAUAAAUCGGCUCCACUGCCGAAAGUAGCUUUUUUUUUUAUAAUUUUUUUUUGUUUUUUUUUUUUUAAUACGAAUUCUAAUGCAUUGGCUCAUUCCCAUUUCGGCCGUCAAAGUGUUUAGAACGUUACCGCGACAAAGCACGCCAUUCAUUGGUGAUGAGUUUUGUUUGUUUGCGGAACAUAGUUAAUAUAAUGUAUACACGAUACGAUUGGUUGCGGUUUUCAUAAAAAUAAAAAAAAUAAAAAAAAAAUAAUUACGUCUAUGCAGCUUUGUGUUCUUAAACGUAUUGCGGAAGGAAAAUUAAACGCGAAAAAAAGAUCACAAAUUCAGCUUGUGCAGUGGUCAAGCAAUUAUCAGUCGGCCCUACGGGGCGCGUUUGGCAAGUUUGCUUUGGCCAAGCAGUGGCCGCGUCACCCGAUCGCAAUUAAAUACAAUAAAAUUCAAGUUAAAUGGUAACAAGAGAAGAAGAGGAAACGAUUGUAAAUAAAUUAAUUGAAAUCUACGAAAGCAAAGUUAUACGCUCUGCGACACUUAAUGAUAAUACAUUAUUAAUACAUGCUGUGCUUGCAAGAAAGGCAACCAAAACUUAUUAAUACAAAAAAAAAAAAAAAAAAAAAAAUUUUGCGAGAAGUGAAGCAAAGAGUUGCUUAAUAAUAGUCUAUAAAAAACCCGUAUUUGGAAGGCAGUUAUUAUGAGAAGGCUGUUUCAUUAGUGAAUACAACUUUCCACUAAACUAAAACACGUUAACAUACAAAAAAAUUUCUUUAGUUCGGUAGAUAGCUGCCCGUUAAAGUCUUUUAAAAGAAAAAUUUUAAAACUUUUUACAAAUUUAUUUGUUUAAUGCUAAAGAAAUAUUUAUGAGUAAUAUUGAAAAAUUAAACGAGAAAUCACCAUCAUCAUCAUCAUCAUCAACAUCAUCAUCAACAUCAUCAUCAUCAUCAUCAUCGUCAUCGUCAUCGUCAUCAUUAUUACCCGUAUCAUCGUCAAUUUCAUGUAUAUCAUCAAUAUCAUCAAAAUCAGUUGAAACGAUUGCUGUGACACUGCAUAAAGAAGAAGAAGAAGAAGAAGAAAAACUCUCUUCUAAACCACCAAUUAAAUCAAUUUCAAAAUUUAUUACUCCCAUUUCAUCAUCAAUUGCCGAAAUCGAAUCACUUGAUAGAUCUUCAUCUCAAGCAUUUGCAUUAUCGUCGCCGUCUUCGUCGUCAUCAUCGUCAUUAUCGUCUAGUGCUCUUCUUCAAACAGGCCCUAAGAUUGGCCUGGCCUCGUCUGAGCAUAUUAAUGAAAAACAUACACAUCAAGAAACCCAAACACAAUUCAAUCUUUUGAAUUCCAUAUUACUUUCGUCCGCAGUAAACGCUGCAGUAGCAAAGCAACAACAACAGAGUACAUCAGUUGUACGCUCUGUUACCAGUACGAGCAUCAUGGAUAUGCCCUAUAGUACCUCGCCAUCCUUACGUGUGCGUACCACUUCGUUAAAUCAAUUAAAAAAAACGGCCGAUAUUAAUAUUGAAAAUGAAUUGCAUGUCUGCCCUAGUGAAAUGUCCGAUGAGUUGCGUAAACUUUUGCCACCCACUUCGGAAACGGUAAUGACAAAACCAUUUCCCAUACGUGGCGAACGCGCCAUCUCAGACGUAUCGACACCGCACGUGAUCGCUAUGGUUGGAUUGCCGGCACGUGGCAAAACAUUCAUAUCGAAGAAACUAGCUCGUUAUUUAAAUUGGAUCGGCAUCGCUACACGGGUAUUUAAUUUAGGCGAGUAUCGUCGUUUAGCGACCACCGCCUAUAAAUCGCACGAAUUCUUUCGAGCUGAUAACGAAGAAGCGAUGGCUAUACGUACGCGUUGUGCUAAUCAAGCUUUGCAAGAUUCUUGCGAGUGGUUACUUAGCGGUCAGGGCAGUGUCGCUGUCUUUGAUGCAACUAAUUCAACUUAUGAUCGUCGACAACUUAUUUAUGAUAUUGUUGUGAAAGAGCGCGGUUUUCGUUUAUUCUUUGUUGAAUCGGUUUGCGACGAUCCACAGAUCAUUGAACAGAAUAUCAAAGAAGUAAAGGUUAGCUCACCCGAUUAUGUAAAUAUGAACACCGAGUUAGUGGUGCGCGAUUUUUUGCAACGUAUUGAACAUUAUGAGGAACGUUAUCAACCCAUUGAUGAGAUGAAAGAAUCACAUCUAAGUUUUAUGAAGAUUUAUAAUGCUGGCAAAAAAGUGGUUGUCUAUAAUAGCGAAGGUCAUGUUGAGUCGCGUAUCGUCUAUUAUUUGAUGAAUAUUCAUAUAACACCACGUACAAUUUAUUUAACACGUCACGGAGAAUCUGAACAUAACCUUAAGGGCCUAAUAGGAGGAGACUCGGAUUUGAGUCAACGCGGUCAUCAAUACGCCAAAGCUCUUGUUGCGUAUAUUGAACAACAGAAAAUUGAUAAUUUGAGAGUGUGGACGUCGUGGAUGAAACGUUCCAUACAAACAGUGGCUGAUGUUAAGGCGCCGCAAGAACGUUGGAAGGCAUUGAAUGAAAUUGACGCCGGACAUUGUGAGGAAAUGACCUACGAACAAAUUAAGGAGAAGUUCCCGGAAGAGUUUAAGGCACGCGAUCAGAAUAAAUUUGCUUACCGUUACCCAAGAGGCGAAAGUUACGAGGAUCUGGUUGCACGCCUGGAGCCAGUAAUUAUGGAAUUAGAACGUCAAGGUAACGUUUUGGUCGUCUCACAUCAGGCGGUAUUACGUUGCUUAUUUGCUUAUUUCUUGGACAAAUCGGCUGAUGAAUUGCCGUAUUUGUAUGUACCAUUGCAUACCGUCAUCAAAUUGACUCCGGUAGCUUACGGCUGUAAAGUGGAACAUAUAAAGUUACCCAUCGAUGCGGUUGAUACACAUCGUCCUAAACCCAAAAUUCCUGGUGAUGUUUCAUUGGGUUUGGACGGUUUGAGCGGCGAAUUGGUUGCCCCCGAUGGCGUAGGUAAAGUAUUGAUUGUGGGCGAUGACGUGACCAAAGCCACGAAGAAUGGUGCUUAGUUAUAUAACAAACUGCAAUGAACGCAGUAGCGCUAGGCAUUGGAGGCAAUACAAUCCAUGAAAAUUAAAAUUAAAAAAUUAUGAAACGUCCAUUCUCUACCGAUU